AGCAAUAUCAGAAAAUGCUAGAAUGAAUGUUGAUUGUAAAACCACACUGAGCACCAUCCUCCAAUGUGUGAUGAAGGAUUCUGUUUGGAAAAUGCCAAGCCGGAAGUUUGCUGAUGGCGAGGUGGUGAUGGGCCGUUGGCCGGGAAGCGUCCUGUACUACGAAGUACAAGUGACCCGUUAUGAUGAUGUUGCUCAUCUUUAUACUGUCAAGUACAAAGAUGGAACUGAACUUGCACUGAAGGAAAGUGAUAUAAGGUCGCAGUCAUCGUUCAAGCACAGGAAGAGCCAGUCUUCUUCCAGUUCUCCCUCCAGAAGAAGUAGCAGCAGAUCUCGCUCUCGCUCUCGGUCUCCUGGCCGGCCAGCAAAGGGCAGACGUCGUUCUGCUUCCCAAAGCAGGGAGCACAAAGACGACAAAAAGAAAACCAUUCAGGAGACCAGCUUAGCUCUACCGAAACCGAGUGAGAAUAACACCAAAAGGUACAAUGGUGAACCUGAAAGUACAGAAAAAAAUGCCACAUCCUGCAUCAUCUUGGAGCAAAAGUUAAAACCAGACCUGGAAAUCAAGCAUGUGCUUGAGCAGUACAGUUUGCGUUCGAGGAAAGAUGAGAAGAAAAAAGAAGAUAUCUAUUCAGAGAAAAAGACUUUUGUGGCUGUAAAACCAAUUGAGAAAGUACCAACAAAAACAAAGGAGCUGGAGUUUGGGGGAAGAAUUGGGACCUUCAUGCUGAUAUUUCUCCUGCCUGCUACUGUAUUCUACUUGCUGUUGACGUGCAAACAAGAUGAUCCGAGUCUUCUGAACUUCCCUCCUCUGCCAGCACUUGAGAGUCUUUGGGAUGGGAGGGUGUUUGGUGUCUUUCUUCUGUGGUUUUUCCUUCAAGCUGCGUUUUACUUCCUGCCAAUUGGAAAGGUUGUAGAAGGCCUGCCUCUUUCCAGUGGCAGGAAACUGCAGUACCGGAUAAAUGGGUUUUAUGCUUUUAUUUUGACUGCUGCAGUUAUUGGAGUUUUAUUGUACUUUCAAUUUGAGCUUCAUUAUUUGUAUGAUCACCUCAUGCAGUUUGCAGUGUCAGCUGCAGCUUUUUCUUUGGCACUGAGCAUUUAUCUGUACAUUCGAUCCCUGAAAGCACCUGAGGAAGAGCUAGCACCAGGUGGAAAUUCUGGGUAUUUUAUUUAUGAUUUUUUUACUGGACAUGAAUUAAAUCCUCGUAUUGGUAGUUUUGACCUCAAAUACUUCUGUGAGUUGCGUCCAGGAUUAAUUGGCUGGGUUGUUAUAAACUUGGCAAUGCUCUUGGCUGAGAUGAAGAUCCACAAUCUCAGUGUGCCAUCCCUGUCCAUGAUUCUUGUGAACAGCUUCCAGCUUCUCUAUGUGGUGGAUGCUCUUUGGAAUGAGGAAGCUGUUUUGACUACAAUGGAUAUUACCCAUGAUGGAUUUGGAUUCAUGCUGGCGUUUGGAGAUCUGGUGUGGGUUCCAUUUGUCUACAGCCUGCAGGCCUUCUACUUAGUGGGUCAUCCCACCACAAUUACUUGGCCUGUUGCUGCUGCAAUUACUGUUCUGAACUGUAUUGGAUAUUACAUAUUCCGUAGUGCAAAUUCUCAGAAGAACAAUUUCCGGCGGAAUCCAGCAGAUCCCAAAUUGGCCAAUCUGAAAUUUAUACCCACUGCAACUGGAAAAGGGCUUCUUGUCACGGGUUGGUGGGGUUUUGUUCGUCACCCGAAUUACCUCGGUGACAUCAUCAUGGCUCUGGCAUGGUCCCUACCCUGUGGUUUUAACCAUAUUUUACCCUAUUUCUACGUCAUCUAUUUCAUCUGCUUGCUUGUCCAUCGAGAGGCUCGUGAUGAACACCACUGUAAGCAGAAGUAUGGCUUGGCCUGGGAGAGGUAUUGCCAGCGCGUCCCAUACCGCAUAUUCCCCUACAUCUACUAGAGCACUCCAGAGGCCUGAUGGGCAAAUUACUACUACAGAUAGAUUCCUUGCAGAGAAAAAGAUACCUCUUACCUUUGCACUUGGUCAUUUG